UGAUCGGCCACUCUGCCCAUAGGACUUCAAAUCAACCACGAGAGUCGCACAGAAACGUUACGCCAUUAUCAAUUUUUUCUGGCUCACAUUGGAAGUCUAGAAUACUGGGACAAGAAUGUCGACACCAUCCUCCAUGUCGGUAUGCCGAUUUGCAUGGCUGCCGAUUUCCUUGAGACAAUGCUGAACCAAAGUCCCGACCCAGCUUUGACAAAGGCAGAGCUUGCAAUGUGUCGAUUCAUGUCCUUCUUUUACCCGCCGUGUGCCAUUGGAUUGCAGAUGUAUGUUGGUGUGAUAGAGACCUGGAUGACGAAAGAGUUGAGCUCAGAAAGCAUUGGAAAUGGUGUCAGCUUCCACUCUGACUAUCCUAGUCUACAGGUACUGAGACUGGAACCUGCUCAUGAAGCUGAGAGUGAAGAAGUCCCGGGAAUUCUCGACUUGCUGAGGGCCUACCAUCGACAGCCGCCUGGAGGAUUGGUGACUAAAAACGAUGGGAACUCGCUAGAGAUCCAGAUGUUAUAUCCAUCCAUGGAGGGCACUUGGAAUUGAUAGACGAGGAGCGCCUGGGAGAGUUUGUUCUCAGUGUGUUGGAUACCACAUGCGCAGGCUCUUUGUGAAGAACACAGGAUGUAUUCGGUAUAAAUAUUUCAAACAUCUGAAUCAAAACAAAGUUGGAGGGGAAACGUAAUGUAUUGCAGUCCGUGAACGCUGAUUUCGUGGACUGGGGGUUUUGCCAGCCUUUUUUGUACCAGUUGUACGUGUUUGUAUGGAUAUUUCCAUGAGAUCAUCCAUCCUGUUAUCGAUGUAGAAAGUCUAGAAGGCAAUGUUUAAAGAUUUCUGUAAGAUGCCGGAGCUCGG